AUGCGUGCUUCAACAAUCAUAGUCUCGAUUGGAUCAUCCCUCUUGGCCGCCGCCACAUACGUACCUCCCAGUCCACCAAUAAACCCAACCAUCAACAACCCAUGGACCGUGACGGACUUCACGAAAUCAGGCCCAUUUGGCCAGGAAGUAGCCACGUUCCGUGUGACGGCGCCUGACAAUUAUGUCACAGGCGUACGAGGACUUGAUGUACUUUGCGAAGGGGUCCAGUACGGGCUUGAUCGGGACACUGAGUGCGCGUCUGACGCGACGUUCCGCCUCGAGACCAGCAUAUCCUAUCAGGAGUCAUACCCGAAGGUCCAAUUCAAACUCAACCACGUCCAGAUCGACCCCUCGACCGUUACGAUCGUGACGAGCGAAGAUUUUGUCCUACCCGCCGACACCUUCGAGCUUGACGUCGACACGGUGGCUAUUGGUCUUUAG